CCUCUCACAUACACACUACACCUUCAUCCCGCAUCACUCUGCUAUUCCUGUGCUGACCUCUCACAUACACACUACACCUUCAUCCCGCAUCACUCUGCUAUUCCUGUGCUGACCUCUCACAUACACACUACACCUCCAUCACUCUGCUAUUCCUGUGCUGACUGUCCAUUAUCUUACCCUGUUCUCUGUGUGCAGCUCGAGGUGCAGAGCCCUCCAGGUCACACCGUUGGGUACGUUGUGCAGAGCUGGCAUCCGUUUGUUCCUAAGUAUUGUCUCCUCACGGAGAGCCGGGAGCCGGUCCUGAAGGUGGUCGGUCCGUGUCUUAUGUCCAGUUGCUGUGGAGACGUGAACUUCCAGAUAAAACCACUGUGUGAGUCUCGCAGUGUGGGCCGGAUCAGUAAGCAGUGGAGUGGAUUACCAAAGGAAAUAUUUACAGAUGCUGAUAACUUUGGGAUCCAGUUCCCUAAGGAUCUGGAUGUGAAGAUGAAGGCGGUUCUUAUUGGAGCCUGCUUUCUACUGGACUACGCAUUCUUCGAGAGGUCAAGAAGUAAGAAGGAGCGUCACACAGUGAUCAGCUAACAGCAUCGGGUGCUGCCACUAAUGCCUUAAGCCCCUCCUACCGCCAUCUGUAUAUCCUCCAGUUUACACUCGUAUAACCCCCACCCCCCAUGUACACAAAUGUUUACACGUAUAUGUACGAGCUGCCGUGUUUUCUACAAACUAUUAUAUAACUUCUAUCUGUAUGUGACAAUAAAUAUUACUGCUCUGUACUCCACA